AGCAGCUUGACGCGGCCGUCAUGGCAGCGAGAGAGAGAGAGAGAGAGAGAGAGAGAGAGAGAGAGAGAGAGAGAGAGAGAGAGAGAGAGAGAGAGAGAGAGAGAGAGAGAGAGAGAGAGAGAGAGAGAGAGAGAAACAAGCACACGGCGGAAGCGUGAGGAGCAGUCCCACAAGGAACGAACUGCUCUAAUACCAUGUUUGAAGGCUAACUUAGCUAAGAAGGAAGGGCGGCCAUGAAUAUGGCGUGAGGUUUUAGGAA